UUCAAUCACACCCCCAGAGGCUCUCUCUCUACCUUAUAGACCCUUCGUUCCGGCUGAACCUACAGGCGAAGUCCUUCUCUCUCUAAGCCAAUUCCUUCUUUUCCGUACCCUUCAUAUCCCCGGGACGAUUUCAAUCGAAAAGUUCUUGUUUCAAUAAUUUUCUUAUCUGCCUUGUCCUUGUAAUCGCCAUACAAGCCAUCCUUUCCCUAAGUAUACGACAAAACACACCCUCACAAUGGUCAAGGAAACCAAGUUUUACGACGUUCUCGGGGUCACCCCGACAGCCACGGAGGCUCAACUGAAGACGGCCUAUAAGAAGGGUGCCCUCAAGUAUCACCCUGACAAGAACGCAAACAACCCAGAAGCCGCCGAAAAGUUCAAGGAACUGUCCCGUGCCUACGAAAUUCUCUCCGACCCUCAGAAGCGUUCUAUGUACGACCAGCUGGGCGAGGAAGGUCUUGAAAAUGGUGGCGGUGCCGGUGGAAUGGGUGCAGAGGAUCUCUUUGCCCAGUUCUUUGGUGGCGGUGGUGCCUUCGGAGGUAUGUUUGGCGGUGGCAUGCGGGAUCAGGGCCCUAAGAAGGCCCGUACGAUCCACCACGUCCACAAGGUCAACCUGGAGGAUAUCUACCGCGGAAAAGUUUCGAAGUUGGCACUUCAGAAGUCAGUAAUCUGCCCUGGAUGUGAUGGUCGUGGUGGUAAGGAAGGCGCCGUCAAGUCGUGUGGUGGCUGUAACGGUACCGGUAUGAAGACUAUGAUGCGCCAAAUGGGACCUAUGAUCCAGCGAUUCCAGACUGUUUGCCCAGACUGCAGUGGUGAGGGCGAGACCAUCCGCGAGCGUGACCGCUGCAAGCGCUGCAAUGGUAAGAAGACCGUUGUUGAGCGCAAGGUCCUUCACGUUCAUGUCGACAAGGGUGUCAAGAAUGGCCACAAGAUUGAGUUCCGUGGGGAAGGUGACCAGAUGCCUGGUGUUCUGCCCGGAGAUGUAGUUUUCGAGAUUGAGCAGAAGCCUCACCCCCGAUUCCAGCGUAAGGAAGAUGAUCUCUUCUACCACGCUGAGAUCGAUCUUCUCACCGCUCUUGCUGGUGGUACUAUCAACAUUGAGCACCUCGAUGACCGCUGGUUGACCGUGAACAUUGCCCCUGGCGAGGUUAUCACUCCUGGCGCUAUUAAGGUGAUCAAGGGCCAGGGUAUGCCGUCAUUCCGCCACCAUGACUUCGGCAACCUCUACAUCCAGUUCGAUGUUAAGUUCCCUGAGAAGGACCAGCUCAGCAACCUCAACCUCCUGGAACAGGUUCUGCCCCCCCGGUUGGAGCAGCCACAGCCACCAACCGACGGCAUGGUGGAAGACUUCGAGCUGGAGGAUGUUGAUUCCAGCGAGUACUCCCAGGCCCGUGCCCACGGUGCUGGCUCUAUGGACGAGGAUGAUGACGACGUUCCUCCCGGCGCUGAGAGAGUGCAGUGCGCCUCUCAGUAAAGCAGGGGCUUUUCUGUGGUUGAAUAAAGUUGCUUUGCUAGGGCAUUACUGACGUCGCUUAUGAUACCUUGCGGGAGCUCAGCCCUGGUAUAUGCUUUUGUUUUUAAUUCCUGUUUU